AUGAGACAUAGAGAUCUGUAUGAAACCAUGAUGAAAAGAGAUAUAUCAUCAGAUACACUACUCAUGCUGAAGGCGAUGUAUAAGGAGUGCAGUAGCAAAAUCAUUAUGGAUGAGCACCUUUCUAAACCUAUUCGAAUAUGCAAAGGAGUCAGACAAGGUGGAAGCUCUUCUCCUAUAUGUUUUAACUUCGUCCCAAAUGAGCUAGCCUGAAGGAUCAACGAAAUAAAUAUAGGAAUUAGCAUAGGAGAUGCACAACAGAAAGAUUAG